GCUCCCGGAGUAGUUAGAGCCAGCGAAGUGCGGGCGGCGAUGAGAGCCAAAGUUGCGCUCCGUUCGGCGUUGGGGGCUUGAGGCGGCUCGUUGCUCUGCCAGUCUGGGCCCCCUUUAGCCUCAACUCGCACCAGCGGAUCCCGCCCGCUCGCCCGCCCGGCCCGGCGCCCACCUGCGCCCCCUGCCCGCGGCCCGUCGCCCGCGCCUCGCGAGCCGGGGUCCCCGUCACUUUGGCCCGGCCCCGGGCCCCGCCGAUGCCGGCCAUGGUGGAGAAGGGCCCCGAGGUCUCAGGGAAGAGGCGAGGGAACACGGCAUCCGCCGCAGCCUCGGCCGCUGCCGCCUCGGCCGCCUCGGCCGCCGCCUCAGCCGCCGCCUCGGCCGGCACCGCCUCCGCCUCGGCCGCCGCCACCGCCUCGGCCGCCGCCGCCCCCAAUAAUGGCCAGAAUAAAAGUUUGGCGGCGGCGGCUCCCAACGGGAACAGCGGCAGCAACUCUUGGGAGGAAGGCAGCUCGGGCUCGUCCAGCGACGAGGAGCACGGUGGCGGUGGCAUGCGGGUGGGACCCCAGUACCAAGCCGCGGUGCCCGACUUCGACCCUGCCAAACUGGCAAGGCGCAGUCAAGAACGAGACAAUCUUGGCAUGUUGGUCUGGUCACCUAAUCAGAGUCUUUCUGAAGCAAAACUGGACGAGUACAUCGCUAUUGCCAAAGAGAAGCACGGGUACAACAUGGAGCAGGCUCUUGGGAUGCUCUUUUGGCAUAAGCAUAACAUCGAGAAAUCACUGGCCGACUUGCCCAACUUCACCCCCUUUCCCGAUGAGUGGACGGUAGAAGACAAAGUCUUAUUUGAGCAAGCCUUUAGUUUCCACGGGAAGACUUUUCAUAGAAUCCAGCAAAUGCUUCCCGAUAAAUCCAUAGCCAGCUUGGUGAAGUUUUACUACUCUUGGAAGAAAACCAGAACUAAAACCAGUGUGAUGGACCGUCACGCUCGGAAACAAAAGCGUGAGCGAGAAGAAAGUGAGGACGAACUGGAAGAAACAAACGGCAGUAAUCCCGUCGACAUCGACAUUGACCCAAACAGAGAAAGCAAAAAGGAGGUACCCCCUACUGAGACAGUUCCUCAGGUCAAAAAAGAAAAACAUAGCACACAAGCUAAAAAUAGAGCAAAGAGGAAACCUCCAAAAGGCAUGUUUCUUUCCCAAGAAGACGUGGAGGCUGUGUCUGCUAACGCUACUGCUGCGACCACGGUGCUGAGACAGCUGGACAUGGAGCUGGUCUCCAUCAAACGGCAGAUUCAGAACAUGAAGCAGACAAACAGCGCUCUUAAGGAAAAGCUCGCUGGUGGGAUAGAGCCUUAUCGACUUCCGGAGGUUAUUCAGAAAUGUAACGCACGCUGGACGACAGAAGAGCAGCUUCUCGCCGUACAAGCCAUUAGGAAAUACGGGCGGGAUUUUCAGGCAAUCUCAGAUGUGAUCGGGAACAAGUCAGUUGUUCAGGUGAAAAACUUUUUUGUGAAUUACCGGCGCCGCUUCAGCAUAGAUGAAGUUUUACAGGAGUGGGAAGCCGAGCAUGGCAAAGAGGAGGCCAACGGGCCCACCAACCAGAAGCCUGCCAAGUCCCCGGAAAGCUCCGUCAAGAUCCAGGAGGAGGAAGAUGAGGCUGCUUCUGUCCUCGACGUAAGAUAUGCAUCUGCCUCAUGAAAACUAUGGGUAGCUUUGAACACUUGGUAUGGACGACACGUUAUCCAGAUAUCAGGUAUCCCAAGACAUCACCUAGCCAUCUGCAUCACAUCUCUGUGGACAAGCAGCUAUUACCAAAAAA